UGGCAUGUGUGAUCGGGUUAUCUAGAUUGAGGGGAACUCAUUUCUACUGUAUAACAGUCAGGAAAAGCCAAGAGGGCUUAUCAGUUGCUGAGAGGCUUAUGGCAUUGGAAUAAACUGUAAAAGUUGUAAAAGUUUAGAUCUUAGGAUCAGGGGAAUUUCAGAGAAGUUUUCUCCAAUCACAAAACAGACUUACAUUCAGUGAUUGGACUUUAAUUGAAGUGAUGUUUUCCAAUUAAUUUUAAAUUGAGCAUUUCUGCACAGAUCAGGAGAGUCUGGGAGACCUUGUACAGGCAAUAAAAAACAAUUGGUGGAAGUUUGUUGCACAAUAGAGGGUUUUUGCAUCUUGUACGAACUUUGCAGGAAUAUAGUGACAUUAAAUGAACUGUGCUGUGGAUUUUUUUGGAAGGAAAAAAAGAAAAAAGAAAUGAUAUUAUAAGAUGAAGGUAAUGACAUUUGACAAAUUAUGAGAAUUUCAUGUUGCUAUAGAGAGGGAAUAAUGCUUGUGCUCUACUCGAGUUAUACUUAUUCUGACAUAUAAAUAACUGUACGAUGAUGAUGAGUUUGUAUAUAUGACCGACAAUUCUGGGGUUUUCUAGGAUAACAAACUGCUCUCUCAUUUGCAUAUGAUUGUUACAGUUUUUCUGUCGGAAAAAAGGACAAGACGAUUAUUUUCCAUGAUAAUUUCCAUUAUCAUUUCCAUGAUUAUUUUCACCAAGAUUUAUAUGAAUGUGUGAGUGUACUUUUUCUGUAGAAACUGUUGGAGGAAGCCAUUAUGUAACUAGAGAGGUCUUCGCAGGACAUCGAGACUGAAUUCAAAUACAAUCAAUAGUCUGAAUGAAAAUCUUCGUGGAAAAUAUCAUAGCUUAUCUUUUAUGCAUCAAAUUGUAGGAUCAAUUUGAACUGGUCAUGAUUUUUGUGCUUCAAGGAUAGAGAUGUGUGUAUGAGUUUGUUGGUUUUAAGGUUUAAAAAUGAGCAUAUUUCAACAAGAGACAGACCAGCGGAGAUAGACAGCGGAUAUUCUCGACUGAAUAGACUAAUUUGUUGUGACACUGUUUACUUUAAUACGAAACUCAAACAUUUUUAAAUGUAAUAUAAACACAAGUGACCACAUUUUGCAAUUUUGAAAGAGAAUAGAUUUUAUAAGUGAUUAUGAACAAUUUGAUUCUUUAGAAGAUAACAGAUAUAAAUGAGAUCGGCAUUAUGAUUGUAAAAAAUCAAAUCUGCGGAAAAUAACGAUUAGUGAAAAUAUUGUUUUAAAAAUGACAUGCAAUUCUUGAAUGCUGAUGUUUUGUUUGACAUAUAAUAUACAUGAAUGUUAAUAUUCUCUAAGAGGAAGAAAGUGUUUAUGUAAGAUAGGAGAAACAAUGGAUGUAUUCAGCUCCGUACUCGGAGACAAUGAAAAACCCGAUUCGGGGUAUGUCAACCUCGAUGCUAGUAUGCCAAAUGUGACCCGGUACACGGCUGAAAACUUACGUCUGCGAUGUGAAAUUACCGGUUACCCAAUCCCGAAAUACCAGUGGUUUAAGAAUGGCAAGAUUCUCCGCAAUGGUGAUAGUCGGGGCAAAGUCAGCAUCAAAAUUACACCAUGGGGCUCUAGACUUCGCAUUAAGAAUCUUGACACAAGUGACAGUGGCAUGUAUGGCUGUAAAGGUCAGAAUAAUUUCGAUGCCAAGAAUACCACAGGGUAUGUCCAUGUGAAUCCGGAAAAAGCUCCCACGUCAGAUUCUGAUUACACAACUGAUGAUAUAAAGUUGUUUCCGGAUGGGUUGCCGGGUGAUAUAGAUUAUGAUUCCGGUUCGGUGAUCAAGAAUGAUGAUAGCAGUUUCAAUGGAAGAUAUGACCCAGGACAAAAAAUUGAGACAGACGAGACGUCACAAGAAGAACCUAAACAAGAUCCAUUUUGUCAACUGUUUAAAGGCAGCGUUUGUUCUACACAUAUUGGGAAUAAGUCUAUCUAUGUCACCUCUAGAUAUGCUCAAGGUCUUAGAGAGGAAAAAGUUAUAUCUGCGAUUAAUGUGAUCGGAAACUCCAACGAUUUAUCAGACAGAUGUAGAAAGUACGCCAUCCCGUCAAUCUGUCAUUUCUCAUUUCCACAGUGUGAAAAACCCAACGGUCUUGGAGCACCGGUGAAAAAACGCAUGAUCUGCAAGGAUGAAUGUGAGAUGCUGGAAGAAAGCCUGUGUAAAAAUGAAUACAUUGUUGCGAAGAACCAUCCUCUUAUAGACAACAGUGUACUUCCUAAGUGUGAUGAGCUACCAGACUAUGGGACUCCAUGUCUACGUGUGGGCGUCCCACUUAAAGGCUACGAUGACAAGUGUUUCAAGGGUAACGGGGCAACGUUUAGGGGUCAAGCUUCGAAGACAAAGAGCGGAAAGGAAUGUAAGAACUGGAACCAUAAUCCCGAGUACCCGAUUGACCAGCCAAGAUUCAGCGACAUUUUAGGAGAUCAUAACCAAUGUCGUAAUCCAAACGGAACAAUGGCCGGACCCUGGUGCUAUACGGAUAGUAGCUUUAAGUACAAGGAAUUGUGUGAUGUCCCAGUUUGUGCAACGACAACGGAAUCCAGCAAUCUGGUUGUAAUUAUUGUACCAGGCAUUAUUGUACCACUGGCAUUAGCUCUCCUCCUUGCUUUAGUCUGUUUCUGUCAGAGAUCAAGGAAAAACAACUCUGCAAACACCAAGGCUGUUAUCAGUAACAAGGCUCAAAAUAUGGAGUUGUGUCCCUUGACAGCAAAAUCGGCAUCUCAACGAGUUCGUGAAUUUCCCAUAUCAUCUGUACGGUUCUUGCAAGAGUUAGGGGAAGGUGCGUUUGGUAAAGUGUAUAAAGGUGAAGUUCUAGGCUUGUUUGGUGAAAAUACUGUUUCAAAAGUGGCAAUUAAGACGUUAAAAGAGAAUGCCGCACCGAAAGUUCAGAAUGACUUUAGACGAGAAGUGGACAUGAUGUCCGAAAUGAGACAUCCGAAUAUUGUUUGUCUGUUAGGUGUGGUGAUGAAACAGGAACCAAUGUGUAUGUUGUUUGAGUUCAUGUCUAUGGGUGACUUGCACGAGUAUUUGAUUCAGCAUUCACCACACUCUGACAUGUCCGUUGUGUCAGAUGAGGACGGAUCGCAGCGACCGAUUCUUGAUUAUGGUGAUAUGUUACAUAUUAGCACUCAGAUUGCAUCUGGGAUGGAAUAUCUUGCUAGUCACCACUUUGUUCAUCGGGAUCUUGCUGCACGAAAUAUUCUUGUUGGAGAUAAUCUCACAGUCAAAAUCUCAGAUUUCGGUCUGUCACGUGAUGUUUACUCAUCAGAUUACUACAGAGUUCAGAGCAAAUCUCUUCUCCCAGUCAGAUGGAUGCCUGCAGAGUCCAUAAUGUAUGGAAAGUUCACUACAGAAAGCGAUGUCUGGUCUUUCGGUGUGGUGUUGUGGGAAAUAUUUAGCUACGGCUUGCAGCCUUAUUAUGGCUUUUCUAAUCAAGAAGUCAUUGAAAUGAUAAGGUCACGUCAAAUUUUACCCAGUCCUGAGGACUGCCCAGCUAGAAUGUAUGGACUUAUGGUUGAGUGUUGGCAUGAAAUGCCAACCCGUCGACCAAAUUUCCGCGAAGUACAUGCUCGACUUCGUGCCUGGAAAAGUGAGCUCCUUCUUCAGAAUCCACACUGGAGCUUAUCACAAAGUCAUUCGGCUCAUUCAAGCUCUCAUCAGAGCUCACUUCAAAGUGGACCUAGUCAUCAAGGGAGUACUGGCCCUAGCAACACAACAGCCAUGACGGGGCUAACGGGGAGUAGUAAUAACUCCGACCCCUCCCAGUUUAAUCAGAUGCCCCCUGCACCUCCCCCAGUCAUAACCAUGCCACCCAACAAUCCGGGAUAUGGCAACAAUCCUGGAUAUGGCCAGAAUCAGCCUGGUCAACCGGUUACUGUGACAUUUCAAGGUAUGCCAACACAGAAACAAAUCUAUAGUGCUUUAAACACAAUUCAACAACAGAAUACUAAAAACACUCAAAUGCAGCCAGCAUCAAAUGGACCCACAAAAAUCUCACCACCGGAAUCAGUUGCUAGUGGUUCUAGCUCUGGCUCAUCUACAAAUAAAGGAAAACUUGCAAAUUCUGUUGGUACUGCAUCUAAUUCUACCAUGUCUCCCCCACCAUACUCGGAGUGCAACCGCUUUAACAACUUUCUUAAUCAGAAUGGCUACAUUCCUGAAACAAGAACUGCAGAAAUUUAAGAAAGUAGUAUUAGUGUAAAUCAUAGUGUUAUAAUCUGCUAGUGGAGUUUUCAGCUUUACUAAUUGUGUAUACAAACAAAAAAAACUGAAGCAUGGUAGACAAGCUUUUUGAACAUUGAGAUUUUGUAAAGUAUGUGCUCUAUGAAAUAGUGCAUUCAACUUUACCUUGAUGUGUCUAUACUGUGAUGAGAGUAGAUGGUCUCUAGUGUAGGAGACCAGCAGUCAAAGCGGACAGUUUGUGUUCAUCGUAUGACGAUGUAGCUUUAUCAAGACUGGUUCUCUGCUGUACAUUAUGUACACAACUAUUUCAGAUAGACUGUGCUUAUUAUUUUAAGAAGUAUAGCGACUUCUGUGUAUAGACAGAUGAUAAUUCAAUGAAUUGGAUUUAUGGCUUACUGUAACUGUUAAUAUAUAAAACAGUUUUUGGCUAGACAUGAGAUUUUGAAAAAUAUUUUUGGAAACAAUUUGAUAAUGAAGUAUUUACAUAUUGGUUGAAUUUUUUUCGUUAAUGGAAUCAUCCAAUAGAGAUGUCUUUUUUUUCUCAGACUGUUUCAUGUUUUGGUAACAGAUUUUUUAUCCUGAUGAUUAUAAGGUUCAUUUGGUAACAAAAGGUCAGAUUUUAAUUCUGUCGACUUUCUUUCUUUAAUUCUGUAAAAGAUUCAUAUGCACAUGACUGUAACAUCUGAACUAGAAUAAGUACAUUUCAUGCCUAUUUACUGUUAAUAUUUAUGAUAAGUAAACAUGAUAAUUUUCUUCUUACUUUAAAGAAGUGUUAAAAAAGUUUAAUUCAUUUUGAUUAAGCCUUUUAAUAUAAGUGACCAUGAUGACUUGCCAUCACUAUAGAGCUAUAUCAGCCUGUACAUCUGGUUGAUAUCAAAACUAUUUACAUUUUGAAAUUGAAAACUGAGCAAGUCUACUUUACAAAUUUAUUGGUGAAAAUGUUAAAGUUUAUUACAUUCUCAAUACAGUUGUUUAAUGUCUGCUUAUGCUCUUUUUUUGUUUCUUUUGUGAUUUUUUUAUGUUUAACGUUUUUUAUCCAUAUUAAAGAGAUUAAACACAAAGAAAUGUUUGUAAAAUGUACAUUAUUAGACUAUUUCUGUAUUUUGUUAUUUCAUAACACCUUACUUUUAUAUUUGUUAAGUCUUUGGUUUGAUUAAAAUGGCAGAUAAUAACUUUAUAAAAUUAUGUUAAAAAAACUUUAUUUAGUAUGUAGAUUAAUAUGAUAAAUGGCCUGGUUAAAGUAGCAUUAUUUUAUUGUUUGGAUGUUAAAUAGAUAGACAAGUCUUACUGCAUUAUCUGAUUGGUUGCUAUUAUACUCUGUAAGCACUGAAUUAUCAGAUUGGUUGUUAUUAUUAGCACUAAAUUGUCUUGAUUGGUCUAAAGUAACACCAAUGAGCUAAUUAUAGCAACCAGUCUUUCUGAUUUAUCUGAUUGGUUGCUAUUAUUAGCAAUAAAUUAUCUGAUUGGUUGCUAUUAUUAGCUCAUUGGUGUAACUGUAGACCAGUCUUACUGAAUUAUCUGAUUGGUUGCUAUUAUUAGCACUGAAUUAUCUGAUUGGUUGCUAUAAUUAGCUCAUUGAAGUAACUGUCCAAUGGCAGUGUUUUGUUUGAUGCCAUAGCAACAUUUUCUACCAAUAAUUCGCUUUUUAAUUUGAGAGUGAAGUCUUCUUUAUAGAUUUUUAAGGAAACAUAUUGAAACUAUAUUUUUUUAAAAAGAUUAUAUUGUUAAUAAAUAUUUUUUUUUAAUUCUAACCGUUUUUGUUUUGAUUCGUUUUUAAAUCAUAGAUGUUUUUAAUGUCCUAUUUGGUGCAGCUUUCUCAAAAAGUGUAUUGAAAAAAAACCAAGUUAAUUUCAUUUUUAUAGAAUAGACUAUUUAAAUACUGAUUACUCAAGAAUUAUUAAUUUACUUGAAACACAUCACUCAUUUGAUUAUUAUUCCAAUAAAUUAUUCAGCAAAUGACCUCAACUUUUCUAGUAUAAAUAUUCUAGAACUGAAUUAUCAAAUCAAAGAAACAUUUAAUUAUUUCUACAGUAUUAUUUUUCAUUUAUCAAAAAAGUGCAUAUUUCACUCAUAAUUUAGUAUUUUCUCAUUAUUGAUUAUACAGUACCACAUAUAUAAUUUAAAUGUAAAAGGAUUUUAUUACGGCCAAUGAAAGUUUAUGUUAUAUUUACAUUUAACUAAAAGGUUUUAAUUGGUCUAAGCAGAUACCAUGGUUCUGGUUUAGCCAAUGAAAUUUCGUGUUAUAACCUGUCUGGAAGGUUGUGUAGUUAAGUAUGUUUUUAAGCUUAUUGUUCGAGCAACAACUAUUAAGUUGCUCUAUUUGAUUUUUUUUCUAUUAUUGACUUUAAACCAAAGUUUGAACUGGUGCAAUAGAACUUAAAUAUGUACAGUUUUAUGUUAGAAAAUGUUAGUGAUUUAUUCAUGUUUGUUUUUGUGUAUUAUAAUUGACGUAAAUGUGUAGCUCUAUGCAGAAACGUAAGAAGGGUCUGCGACCUGUUUUAUUAUGUUGCAUGGCUUUACUGGUUCCAUACUCUCUGAUUAUUUUUUGAAUAUUUUAAACACAUGAACUAUAUCUUAACAUACCAUUUCUUUUCUCUGUUAUUAUUUAUUCAUGGCGAGCAUUUGUUUAAAGAUGUUCCUGGCUGUUGUCAACAAUCACCUUAGUUGAAGAAAAAUAUGAAUAAAGAUGUUGAACAUUGUUGCAAAUUAAUUGCACUAAUAUUUAUUUCACUCAGUACAGUAUUUUGUAUGAAAUCAAGUCAAAGUUUGUGUACUUAAGUAAAACUUAAAAUUAUUAUUUUUUGAUAAAGAUACUUUUAUGAGAUAUAAUGUUGUCACAAAUCGAUCUUUGGGAACUUAGUUUUUGAUGAAGACUCAAUAUUUGCUUACAUAUAUAUUGCUAAUUUGAAUUUCAGUUUUUGUACAACAUCUAUUCAACACAUUUCGGUCAUUUUAUUAAUUAUACAAGAAUUGAUUACACAAAAUUUUUUAUCCACUUUGUAUUGCUUAUAAAAGCCAUUUUCAGCCAUAUGUUUUUGCUUCUUGGCUCUUAUUAUAUAUAUAGCUAUUUUGUCAAAGUCAUUUUCAGCCAUAUCAUAUUAGCUUAAUAUUGUGCCAUAUUGAUUAUUUCAAAUUAUAUGAACAUAAUUCGUACCCGUUUUAAUUUGAGGUGAUCAUUUACUUUAGUUAAGUCAAGUAUAUUAUGUUUGAAAUAUAAAGAAGGAAAUACGAGAACUAUAAAAUUAUUCACGGAAAUUUCAAAAGUCCUCUUUGAAAUUACUGAAAUGUAUAGGGUAAUUUAUACAAAAUGGCUGACUCGAAAAAAAUGUUACUGAAAGUAAGUUUUUAAUCAUGUAUUUUGCUUAAAACAACAACAAGAUAUUUUGUAUUAAAGUUAGUGUUAUCUUGGAAUAUUAAAGUAUUGGUUUGUUGAGUUUUAAAUAGAAAUUUCAAUUCCACCUGAAUAAUAUUUUAUAUGUCAUAGAAUCAUGUACUCUUUAUAGAAAUAAAUGAAGUUAAAAAUAAUUAAUGAUUCAUUGGAGAAGUUUAAUGUUUUCUAGCUUUUCUUUAAAAUUGCACAUCACCGGAGAUCUAGAUGGAAAUACCUGUUUUGUCUAAUGAAGUUCACAAUAAUGAUUUGGGACAGUUAAACUUAUAAUGACAUGCCUUAUUUAGUCACUGAUGAAGCAUAAGCACUUGUACUCUCUCGGCUGCCCAUUGUAAAAGUGUUCAUAUUUCCACAUACAAUUCUUGUAAACAACAAUGACCUGUUCCAAUUUAAAGUACAACAAAUUGAUUACUUUUUUAAACAAUUCAAUGAGAUGAUAAUAGGGUAAUAUAGGAAUAUACUUGCAUUUUAUCAUACAUGAAUUAGAGGUAUAUAUUCUACUGCAGCUACAUUUCAUUUAAUUAUUCAUUAUUUAAACAUUUUGAAAGACGGUGCUAUACUAUAGAGCCAUUUUUUACAUAAAAGAAGAUAACUAUAUAGAAAUUAGGUAUUUAUACUACUCUAUGUUAUGUAAUUUAUAUAAAUACACAAUUAAGUUAUCAAUGUAUGUAAGAGCAAGUAGUCCGUGAAGACGCGGAACUAUAUUUAUUUUUAAAAAAAGGACUCUGGCCAUAUUUGUCCUUCGUAUAGGUAUAGAAGAGACAAUUGUGUAAAAGAUGUGUUUAUAGUUCUAUAAAGUCCUCAAAAAUAAUCCUAAAAAGACGAAAAUUAUGAAAAUGACCCAAAAUGGAGACAUUAAAAUUGUUAUAAGUGCUUUGACAUAUAUAUGUCACAUCCAUAUAUGUGUGUACUACUUUGUGUAGGCUCUUACAUGCAUACGAUGAUAGUAUUGUGAUCAUGUGUAUUUAAGAAAAAUCAAUAUCGUAAUUAUGUAUGUGUCUUGAUUUGUCAUGUAACGUUUUCGAACUUUGUAUUAUAUACACACUAUGUUGCAUGUAAAUAACUGCGUCAAGAUAGACACAUUUCACUUUUAUUAAAAUGUUUUUAACUUUA